CCUCCCCCUCCUCCUCCACCUCCUGGACCCCCAGGCUCAGCGUAUACUCCUGCUCCUCCGCCGCCACCUCCGCCACCAGGUAUCGCCGCGCCGCCUCCUCCACCAGGCGUCCGUCCUCCCUCAGAUCCAAAUGUCGCGAAGUUCAGUCAGAAGAAGAAGGAAUGGCUUCGUCAACAACGCCAGCGAUUCGGCGAGAGGCGGAAGGCUGGCUUCGUCGAGACCCAAAAGGCCGACAUGCCACCGGAGCAUCUGCGCAAGGUUUUCAAGGAUAUUGGCGAUGUGUCACAAAAGAAGUUCACUAGUGAUAAGAGGAGCUACUUGGGUGCCUUGAAGUUCAUGCCACAUGCGGUUUUGAAGUUGUUAGAGAACAUGCCCAUGCCAUGGGAGAGCAGGAGAGACGUGAAGGUUCUUUACCACAUCAACGGUUGCUUGACACUCGUCAAUGAGGUACCGCGCGUUAUUGAGCCAGUCUUCCAUGCUCAGUGGGCUGCGAUGUGGUUGGCCAUGCGGAAAGAGAAGAGCGACCGACGGCACUUCAAGCGCAUGAGGUUUCCCCCUUUCGAUGACGAAGAGCCGCCCAUGUCUUAUUCGGAGAACAUCGAGGAUGUCGAGCCUUUGGAACCAAUCCAGCUAGAACUUGAUGAGGAUGAAGACUCACCGGUUAUCGAAUGGUUUUACGACCACAGACCAUUGCUCGAUACGUCACACGUCAAUGGCCCAAGUUACAAGGAGUGGAAUCUCACACUCCCUCAGAUGGCCAAUCUGUACCGACUUAGUCGACAACUUCUCAGCGACAUUGUCGACAAGAACUACUUCCACAUGUUCGAUAUGGACAGCUUUCUUACAGCGAAAGCUCUAAACGUUGCAAUUCCGGGUGGUCCACGUUUCGAGCCGUUGUAUAAAGAUAUUGAUCCCAACGACGAAGAUUUCGGAGAGUUUAACGCCAUCGACCGCAUCAUUUUCCGCGCUCCCAUCCGUACAGAAUACCGCGUUACAUUCCCGUUCCUCUACAACUCGCUUCCCCGCAGUGUCAAGCUAGCAUGGUACUCCCAUCCUCAAGUCGUCUACGUGCGGGCUGAAGACCCCAGUCUUCCGGCUUUCUAUUUUGAUCCAAUCAUCAAUCCGAUAUCUUCGCGCGCAGUUGCGCCGAAGAAUCUUGCUGUCAGCCAUGAGGACGAAGUCUUUGGUUAUGGAAACGAUGAAGACGAUGACUUUGAACUGCCAGACGAUAUGGAACCAUUCAUGGCCGACGAGGAGCUCUAUACCACUGAAACGGCUUCCGCGAUCGCCUUGUGGUGGGCUCCUCAUCCUUUCGAUAAGCGCUCUGGUAAAAUGGUCAGAGCCGAGGAUGUACCGCUUGUUAAGCAGUGGUACCUGGAGCAUGUCCCCGCAAACCAGCCCGUCAAGGUUCGAGUGUCAUACCAGAAACUUCUGAAGACAUACGUCUUGAAUGAGCUCCACAAGAAACAGCCCAAGGCACAAAACAAGCAGAAUUUGAUGCGAACGCUGAAGACCACAAAAUUCUUCCAGCAAACUAAGGUCGAUUGGGUUGAGGCUGGUCUACAGGUGUGUCGGCAGGGUUACAAUAUGCUCAACCUCUUGAUUCACCGCAAGAAUCUUACCUACCUUCAUCUUGAUUACAACUUCAAUCUGAAGCCAGUCAAGACAUUGACGACCAAGGAGCGAAAGAAGUCACGUUUCGGAAACGCCUUCCAUCUCAUGCGUGAAAUCCUCCGCCUUACGAAACUCAUUGUAGACGCCCAAGUUCAAUAUCGUCUUGGAAAUAUCGACGCAUUCCAACUCGCUGAUGGCAUUUUGUACGCUUUCAACCAUGUUGGACAGUUGACGGGAAUGUACAGAUACAAGUACAAGUUGAUGCAUCAGAUUCGAUCUUGCAAGGAUCUUAAGCAUCUCAUCUACUACCGAUUCAACUCGGGUCCUGUCGGUAAGGGUCCUGGUUGUGGUUUCUGGGCACCUGCAUGGCGUGUAUGGUUGUUCUUCAUGCGCGGUAUCAUUCCUCUUCUAGAGCGCUGGCUUGGCAAUUUGCUAUCUCGUCAAUUCGAAGGACGUCACAGCAAGGGUGUUGCUAAGACGGUCACCAAGCAGCGAGUUGAGUCCCAUUUCGAUCUGGAACUACGAGCCGCCGUCAUGACUGAUCUCAUGGACAUGAUGCCCGAGGGCAUCAAGCAGAAUAAGGUGAAUACUGUACUGCAGCAUCUUUCAGAAGCGUGGCGAUGCUGGAAGAGUAACAUCCCGUGGAAGGUGCCUGGUCUUCCCGCUCCUAUUGAGAACAUCAUUCUUCGAUACGUCAAGAGCAAAGCCGAUUGGUGGAUUUCAGUCGCCCAUUACAACCGCGAGCGUAUCCGAAGAGGUGCUACAGUCGACAAGACAGUUGCAAAGAAGAAUUUGGGACGUUUGACUAGAUUGUGGCUGAAGGCCGAGCAAGAGCGACAACACAACUACAUGAAGGACGGUCCUUACGUUUCCUCUGAGGAGGCUGUCGCCAUCUACACCACCAUGGUGCACUGGCUAGAGGCACGAAAGUUCCAGCCAAUUCCGUUCCCCAGCGUUUCGUACAAACACGACACCAAGAUUCUUAUCCUCGCUCUGGAACGUCUUCGCGAAGCUUAUUCGGUCAAGGGUCGUCUAAAUCAGAGCCAGCGUGAGGAGCUUGCUCUCAUUGAGCAGGCUUAUGAUUCACCAGGCACAACACUUGCCAGGAUUAAGCGAUUCCUUCUCACCCAACGUGCCUUCAAGGAAGUGGGCAUCGACAUGAACGACAACUACAACACCAUCAAUCCUGUAUAUGAUAUCGAGCCUAUGGAGAAGAUCACAGAUGCAUAUCUUGAUCAAUACCUCUGGUACCAAGCUGAUCAGAGGCAUUUGUUCCCUGGUUGGAUCAAGCCUUCCGAUUCUGAAGUGCCACCCCUUCUAACGUACAAGUGGGCGCAAGGAAUCAACAACUUGGACAAGGUCUGGGAAUACCAAGAUGGCGAAUGCAAUGUCAUGAUUGAGACCCAAUUGUCCAAAGUGUACGAGAAGAUUGAUAUCACGAUGCUGAAUCGACUUCUCAGGCUGAUCAUGGAUCACAACUUGGCGGAUUACAUCACUGCGAAGAACAAUGUGCAGCUCAAUUACAAGGACAUGAACCACACUAAUACCUACGGUAUGAUUCGUGGUCUGCAGUUCUCUGCCUUUGUUUUCCAAUACUACGGCUUGGUGUUGGAUAUCUUGCUCUUGGGCCUCCAGCGAGCAAAUGAAAUUGCUGGAGCACCAGAGAACCCUAACGACUUCCUGCAGUUCAAAGACAAGGAUACCGAAGUUCGACAUCCAAUUCGUCUGUACACACGAUACAUCGAUCGCAUCUGGGUAUUCUUUAGGUUCACUGCAGAAGAAUCAAGAGACCUCAUCCAACGUUUCUUGACAGAACAGCCAGAUCCCAACUUCGAAAACGUCAUCGGCUAUCGCAACAAGAAAUGCUGGCCUCGCGACUCCAGGAUGCGUCUUAUGCGACACGACGUCAACCUUGGUCGUGCAGUCUUCUGGGACUUGAAGAAUCGACUUCCUCGAUCCGUAACUACCAUUGAAUGGGAUGAUACAUUCGCAAGUGUAUACAGUCGAGACAACCCUAACCUUCUCUUUUCCAUGUGCGGAUUUGAGGUCCGCAUCUUGCCCAAGAUUCGCAAUUUGACUGAGGAGUUCCCUGUCAAGGAUAGUGUUUGGUCACUGGUAGAUAAUGCUACCAAGGAGCGCACUGCACAUGCCUUCCUACAAGUGACCGAGGAGGACAUUCAAAAGUUCAACAACCGCAUUCGCCAGAUUCUGAUGUCCUCCGGCUCUACGACAUUCACGAAGAUUGCGAACAAGUGGAACACCACCCUCAUCGCCUUGUUCACUUACUACCGAGAGGCCGCAGUGUCCACUGUCAACCUGUUGGACACUAUUGUCAAGUGCGAGACCAAGAUCCAGACUCGAGUCAAGAUUGGCUUGAACUCCAAGAUGCCUUCACGUUUCCCUCCUGCUGUCUUCUAUACGCCUAAAGAGCUUGGUGGUCUUGGAAUGAUCUCCGGAUCCCACAUCCUUAUCCCAACUAGCGACAAGCGCUGGUCAAAACAGACCGAUACCGGUGUCACACAUUACCGAGCCGGUAUGUCUCACGACGAGGAGACGUUGAUUCCGAACAUUUUCCGAUACAUCAUUCCUUGGGAAUCGGAGUUCAUCGACUCUCAGCGUGUCUGGAUGGAAUACUCUCAGAAACGACAGGAGGCCAACCAACAAAACCGAAGAUUGACCCUUGAGGAUCUUGAAGAUAGUUGGGAUCGAGGUCUACCCCGUAUCAACACUCUCUUCCAAAAGGAUCGCAGCACGCUCAGUUUUGAUAAGGGUUUCCGAGCUCGAACCGAAUUUAAGAUCUAUCAGCACAUGAAGAGCAAUCCCUUCUGGUGGACUUCACAACGCCAUGAUGGUAAACUCUGGAAUUUGAACGCAUAUAGAACUGACGUCAUUCAAGCACUUGGUGGUGUGGAGACAAUUCUUGAACACACCCUUUUCAAGGCUACAGCGUUCCCAUCGUGGGAGGGACUUUUCUGGGAAAAAGCAAGUGGUUUCGAGGAGUCGAUGAAGUUCAAGAAGCUCACCAAUGCCCAACGUUCCGGUUUGAACCAAAUCCCUAAUCGUCGUUUCACGCUGUGGUGGUCGCCGACUAUCAACCGAGCCAACGUUUACGUGGGUUUCCAAGUCCAACUCGAUCUAACGGGAAUUUUCUUGCACGGCAAGAUCCCAACCCUCAAGAUUUCUUUGAUCCAAAUCUUCCGAGCCCAUUUGUGGCAGAAGAUCCACGAGUCUGUGGUCAUGGAUUUGUGUCAAGUCUUCGAUCAGGAGCUGGAGGCUUUGGGUAUCGAGACAGUUCAGAAGGAGACUAUUCACCCCCGUAAAUCAUACAAGAUGAACAGUUCCGCUGCCGAUAUUCUACUAUUCGCCAGCCACAAAUGGAGCGUUUCUCCACCUUCCAUGCUCUACGACACCAAGGAUGCAAUGAGCUCGACCACAACGAACAAAUUCUGGGUGGAUGUCCAAUUACGAUAUGGUGAUUACGAUUCUCAUGACAUUGAACGAUAUGUCCGUGCGAAGUACCUCGACUAUGGUGGCGACUCUCAGAGUAUCUAUCCUUCGCCUACCGGUCUCAUGAUUGCUAUAGAUCUCGCCUAUAACCUUUACUCGGCUUACGGAAUGUAUUUCCCUGGCUUGAAGCAAUUGGUGCAGCAAGCCAUGGCGAAGAUCAUGAAGGCUAAUCCCGCAUUGUACGUUCUGCGUGAACGUAUCCGCAAGGGUUUGCAGCUGUAUGCUUCGGAAAGCAACCAGGAAUUCCUCAACUCUCAGAACUACUCAGAACUCUUCAGCAACCAGAUUCAGCUGUUCAUCGACGAUACUAAUGUCUACCGUGUCACUAUUCACAAGACAUUCGAGGGUAACUUGACCACGAAGCCAAUUAACGGUGCUAUCUUCAUCUUCAAUCCUCGUACUGGACAGCUGUUCCUGAAGAUUAUCCAUACCAGUGUGUGGGCAGGCCAGAAGCGUCUCGGACAGUUGGCCAAAUGGAAGACUGCCGAAGAAGUGGCCGCUCUCAUCCGGUCAUUGCCCGUGGAAGAACAACCGAAGCAGCUUAUCGUAACACGAAAGGGUCUGCUCGAUCCCCUCGAGGUUCACUUGCUUGAUUUCCCGAAUAUCUCCAUUCGCGCAUCCGAGUUGCAGUUGCCAUUCCAAGCCGCCAUGAAGGUAGAGAAGCUCGGUGACAUGAUCCUUCGUGCCACUGGCCCCCAAAUGGUUCUGUUCAACCUCUACGAUGAAUGGCUGAAGACUAUCUCUUCGUACACUGCCUUCUCUCGUUUGAUCCUGAUCCUUCGUGCACUUCACGUUAAUCAGGACAAGACGAAGCUGUUGUUGCGUCCUGACAAGACAGUGAUCACACAAGAACAUCACAUCUGGCCCACGCUCGCCGACGAAGACUGGAUUAAGGUCGAGGUGCAACUCCGCGAUUUGAUCUUGAAUGACUAUGGCAAGAAGAACAAUGUCAACACUUCUUCGCUCACCAGCAGUGAAGUGCGUGACAUCAUCUUGGGUAUGGAGAUUUCUGCUCCAUCCAUGCAGCGUCAACAAGCUGCAGAGAUCGACAAGCAGAAGGAGGAGCAGGCGCAACUUACUGCGGUCACCACAAAGACACAGAAUGUACACGGUGAAGAAAUCAUCGUCACAACUACGUCCCAGUACGAACAGGCUUCAUUUGCUUCCAAGACAGAGUGGCGCACCCGCGCUGUGGCCACAUCCAACCUCCGCACUCGUGCCAACAACAUCUACAUCAACUCCGAGGAUGUCAAGGAAGAGGGUCACUACACUUACGUCAUGCCCAAGAACAUUCUGAAGCGUUUCAUCACGAUCGGCGACUUGCGACACCAAGUCGCUGGUUACCUCUACGGAAAAUCGCCACCAGACAACGACCAAGUCAAGGAAAUCGUUACCAUCGUCAUGAUUCCUCAAGUUGGUGGUACUCGCGACGUACAGUUGCCGAAGCAAUUGCCUCAGCAUGAGUAUCUCAACGACCUUGAGCCAUUGGGUAUUAUUCACACCGUCAGCGGCAACGAGCCUCCAUACAUGCAGGCCAGCGAUGUCACCCAACACGCGCGAUUGAUGAACACCCACGCAAGCUGGGACAAGAAGACAGUCACCAUGACCGUCUCAUUCACCCCUGGCUCUGUUUCUCUGGCCGCGUGGGCCCUAACACCAAAUGGCUACAAGUGGGGUGCCGAAAACAAGGACAUCAUGUCCGACAGUCCGGCCGGUUUCUCGACCUCAUUCGGUGACAAGUGCCAACUCCUGUUGUCUGACAAGAUCCGGGGCUACUACCUCGUGCCAGAGGAUGGAUUGUGGAACUACAGCUUUAUUGGAAGCGUGUUCGGCAACAUCGAGAAGAAGCCGGUGCACGUCAAAUUGGACACCCCUGUCAAGUUCUACGACAGCAUCCACCGCCCCGUGCAUUUCAAGAACUUUGCCGAAUUGGAAGACGUAUGGGUCGAUCGGGACAACUCGUUUGAGUAAAAAAAGUAAACAAUUCCUAAUAUUUCCUUUUUCUGAAUUACAUCCCAAUGUUGGGGAUGCAACUGCCCUGAACGGGGUGAGUUUGUGGGUCGAGCAGUCACAUAUGCGUCCGCGUGUCUCGUGGAAAUUUUACAUAACGGAAAGGGCAGGGGAACCAAAGCAUCAAAUCAGGCGUUUUUUUUUUCAUCUUUCUGGGGGAUUUUUGUAAACAAUAGUAUCUUGUUCAUGGUGCAAAGCAGCAGAACCGAGAAUGGCUUCUUUGGGGUUGACCUUUUUCCUCCUUUUCCUCUCUUUUUCAUCAAUCCAUCGAAGCCUUGUAUUAAACUCUUCCUAUUAUGUGUCUUAUAGCUUUGUCUUAUUUAGUGAGGGGUUUGUGGAGACAAAAAUGUGCAG